AUGAAGUGGACUCAACCACGGGUGCCAGUAUUGGUUGGGCCAAUGAUUCCUCGUCGUGAACGUGAUGAUACAAAAGAGCGUUAUUAUCGUGCUAUUUUAACUCUUUUCGUACCAUGGCGUUCAGUUACCGAUUUAUAUAUGCAAAGAAUAAUUGAAAAUAUUCAACUCUUACAUGAAUGCAAGAAAGGUCGCGAUGAGCAUCUUCUUCAAGUCAUUCAAGAGGAUGACGCAGGCAAUAUUGAUCCACAACUUGUUUUACAACAUCAAAUAAACAACAAUGUUGACGAGGAUGAAAUUGAUGAUAUCUUAAAUAUGAUCGCCAGUAUUGGCGAUGCUGUACAGGCAACAGACGUGCCAGCAACGAUCAUCAAAUCCGAGACUGCUUAUUUUAAUGAAUUAUUAACUACAAUAUCAAAUACAAAUCGUUUUCCAUAUUUAAUAAACGACGUUCAGCAGCAACUCAUUAUGUGUGUACCAGGUUCGGGUGGUACUGGAAAGUCUCAAUUAAUAGGUGCACUUACCCGAUACUUCUCUUUGACAAAACAAUCUCAUAAACUGCGCAAACUCGCUCCUACUGCUAUAGCCGCUACGAAUAUAUGUGGCAUGACUAUUCAUUCAUUUCUUAAAGAUUCCAAAAGAAAAUCAAAGAAAAAGCGAGUAUUAACUCCCGGUGAUAGUUCAAUUCAGAAUGAAUGGCAUCACGUCCAAUACAUUUUUAUUGAUGAAAUUUCUAUGGUUGGUUUACGACUUUUGGCUCGUUUCCAUGAGAUUUUAACCAUUGCCAAAAGUUCAGAUCCAAGUGUACCAUUUGGUGGCAUUAAUUUAGUCUUCUUUGGUGAUUUUAUGCAAUAUGCACCUGUACUUGAUAAACCUUUAAUCACAGACAUUUUUAUGCAAUUAGAAUCAUCUGUGUCUAAUUCAACAAGUGAAGUACAAAAAUCAUUAAGUGAAUAUGAAAUUCAAUGUCAAGUUGGACGAGCUCUUUUUCUUCAAGUUAAUGUUGUUGUAAAACUUACAAUGCAGAUACGAGUGGAAGACAAAGAAUAUUUAGAAGCACUUGAUCGAUUGAGACUUGGUGAAUGUACUAUGAAAGAUUAUGAACUAUUUCGUUCAUUAAUUAUUGGUCGGUCUGGUGGCAUCCUCCACUCAUUAUCUGAUACUUCAUGGAAUAAUGCGCCAAUUCUAGUUUAUCGAAAUGAAAUUCGUACUGAGCUGAAUAACCGUGCAGUAAUAAACAAAUGUCGUGAAUUAAAUUAUCCUUUAAUAGUAUGUCUAGUUCAAGAUAAAACAAAAUCAAAGAUUAUUGAUGAAAAUAAUCAUAAACGACUUCAUCGUUUCCUUCUUUCUUUACCUGAUAACAAAACUGAAUCACUUCCUGGUUAUUUACCAUAA